GGGCCGUGCAGCGGUCUCGCUCGCUGCGCACCUCGGCCUCGAGGACCAUGACGGGGACGCUCGCGGUCCGGGACUCGGUGCGCACGCCGCGGCCGCACCGCGGCGCCGAGGACGCCGAGGAAGACGACACGGAGGUGCGGGGCGGCAAGGCCGUGGUGCCGUACUCGUCUCCAGAGUCCGGCUUCAGGGGCUACACGUACGAGGUGAGCGAGGCCCUGAAGGACCUGGAGAAGCAGCGCGAGGUGAAGGGCGGCCUGAUGGGGCCGCUGCGCGCCGUGGCCGAGCUGGAGCGCGCGCAGGAGCAACGCAACGAGGCCUUCCGCGCCUGGCUGUCCAACGUCAUGAAGAAGGAGCGGGAGGCCGCCAAGCACGCCGCCAUCACCGUGCUGAAGCGGCGCGACCAGAUGCUGCAGGAGGUGGGUCCGGACUGGUUCCAGCAGCUGUCGUGGGACCAGAUGGAGACGGUGAACCAGCUGCAGGGGCUGCACCGCGCCGAUGCCGACGAGGGCGCGACGUCGCGCGUGGCGCUGUGGUGCUGUCGGCUCGGCAUCUCCCCCAUCCCCAGCGCGCGCCAAAUCACGCGCGCGCUCCGCGAGCAGCCCGAGGACCACGAGGCCUUCCUGCUGGCGCUGUACGCCGUCAUCAGCCAGAGCGGCAAGGUGCCCGUGCCCGGGGACCCGCCUGCGCCCAAGCUGAGGACGGGCUUCGAGUACACGCCGAGCGAGCGGCUGCUGCUGUCCGCGCUCGCGCACCUGCGCCUGCCCAACGUCAUCGCCAAGCUGGAGGAGCAGUUCGGGCCGCCGGAGAAGAAGCCGCGCUACUUGCGCGUCAACCCUGACGUGCCCCCGCGCACCGCGAGGCCGGAGCCCUACCUGUGGCCCUACCUGGAACCACUGCCGGUGCCGCGGCUGGACUGGCUGGAGGUGAUGAGCGCCAACCACACGGUGCACGUCGAGAACCUGUACAUGCGCGCGCACCUGCUGCCCAGCACGCUCAUCAAGGAGCUGCAGUACAAGUCGCAGCCGCGCCCCGUCAUCCCCCCCGCCAGCAAGCCGACGCUGAGGCCGGUGCGCUCCCGCAAGAAGCGGACCGCCGCCGCCGAGAAGAAGAGCAAGGAGGACGAACCUGCUGGUGCGAGUCCACGCGUCGACGCACAGGGGCUUGGCUUACCUCGUGUCGUACUGCUUCUUCAUCCCGGCUGCUCUGGCUCCGCGACGCGAUGCUCCCCUGUCAGCGCCGCCGCCUCCGCUGAGGCGGUGGCUAAAGAGGCAAAAUAUGUGUGGGCACUGCAAGAAAACGACUUCUUUCCUCCCCUGCGCUUCCAGAGCUUUCUCGAGUCGCUGGCGUCCGAGGACCCGCUGUGCCAGCUGCCCGACGUCUGCCGCAUCCCCGCCAUCCAGAAGUGGAUCCGCCUCCGAAACGGGCUGCUCUACGUCCACCGCAGGCUGGACGAGGUGCUGCAGGACCGCAGCCUGACGAUGUACAACGCCAACCACCUGGGCAUGGCGUACCGGGUGCCCACCCCGAAGCACGGCCUCAGCCCCAAGCAGGUGCGCGAGCUGACGUGGGACAAGCGGGACUGGUACCGCCGCAGGGUGGACAAGAUCAUGCGCGGCUACUACACGGCGCUGCGCACCAUCCAGGUGAACGCGUCCCGCGAAAUGUUCCCCGCCAUGGCGUGCGACUACUUCCCGGCCCGGGACCGCUUCAUCAAGACGUACUUCGCGUACAUGCCCAAGCACGAGAUGGACGUGCCGGUGGUGAAGCCCUGGAACGCGGGCGAGUUCAACCAGGAAGUGCUGCCGCGGUGGCGGGACCGCUACUACCAGUGCCGGCAGCAGAAGUGACGUGCCGGCGUGACGGCGUCGCUGUGACACGCGGUACGCGGUGCGCGGUGACGCAAGUGUGGGUGUGCAAGCCUCGCAAGCCUCACUCGCCUCGCCGGGGCAGUGCGGCGCCUGCACUGUGACGCCUUUGUGCGUCGCCACGUGUGACGGCUUGCCUGCGCCCUG